UUCAUUAAAAUAGAUUCAUAUAAUAAUGACAGCUUUGGCAUCCCUUUUAUCUGUCACUGAUGGAUUUGCUGCCUGUUGGAUAUAUUGCUAAAUAUCAGCUUGCAAUCUCUUUUUUUCUCUGUCUGUCUCUCUCUCUCUCUCUAGGCACCAUGUCUUCCAGCACUGAUAAGAAGGCCACCUCUCAGACCGACGGCAAGGCCAGUCAGCCCAAGAAGUCUGAAAUGGGCAUGAUGGCCUACAAGAUGUACGUAUUUGACCAAGAGAACUUCCAGGGCCGCAUGAUCGAGAUCAACGCUGAGUGCGUGAACGUGUGCGCGAUGGGCAUGGACAGGGUCCGUUCGCUUCGUGUGGAGUGCGGCCCUUUUGUGGGUUGGGAGCAGAUGAACUUCUGUGGAGAGAUGUACAUCCUGGAGAAGGGCGAUUAUCCUCGCUGGGACUCCUGGAGCAACUGCCAGAAGAACGACUACCUGCUGUCUUUUAGGCCCGUCAGAAUGGACCCUGAGAAGCACAAGAUCUGCCUGUACGAGGUGGGCGACUACAAGGGCCGUAAGAUGGAGAUCAUGGACGAUGACGUGCCCAGUCUCUACUCCUACGGCUUCACUGACAGAGUAGGAAGCAUCUUCGUCAGCUGUGGAACCUGGGUGGGCUACCAAUACCCUGGCUACCGUGGCAGCCAGUACCUGCUGGAGAAGGGCGACUAUAGACACUUUAACGAGUAUGGCGCUCGCUGCCCUCAGAUGCAGUCCAUGAGGCGCAUCCGUGACAUGCAGUGGCACCCACAUGGCUGCUACACCAUGGCCACCAAGUGAGGGCCAGACCAGGAGCGGAAGAGACGAAGGCGGAGGAGAAGCAGAGGGCCGCCGGAGGAAGGAGAGGAGGAGAGACGUCUGAGGACACUGUCACCCCCCACUUGAAAAUAUUCUAGGUGUAGGACUCAGAGACUCUCAUUUUGCAUCCUAGUGGAGCAGCUGAAGCUCCUGAGCUUCCUGAGUAACGUACAUAUAUACCUUUCCUCCUCCACUCAGUUCCACUCCUCUCUUUCGCUUGGGCACCCUGACUUUUGUUUUUCCUUCCAUAUUUAAAUUUUUAUUACCU